GGGCAGGGGAGCGGGGCCGAAUCGGCGUGCACGCCUGAGUUCUGGAGGGCGAGGUUGGGGCAGCGUGCGCGCCGCCGAUAAGAACUUGCCCACACGCACGCGCUUCUUCGCGGUGUCUCGGGCAGCUUAGAGGCUGGCCCUAAGGCGGAGCUCCUGUGGGGCGGUACUAGGAAUCCCUUGUGAACUCGUGCGUGUGUCCUUUACGUCGCUGACACUGCUUAAUCAGGAAUCCCUCUCCCCAGCGUCCUACUCUAGAGCUAGGUUUGUGCUGGUAGAGUGUGAGAGGUGACGAACCCGUCCUGUUCCAGAUUAAAGGGAUGGUCAAUGAGCAUCUCGAAAAGGCAGCACCGGCCUCAUUUCUCUUUUAGAGGGGAGCUGCUAAACGCUUGGGAGAAGUGUUUGGAAGCUGUCUGUUGGUUCCCUUCCUCCACGCUCAGUCAGCAGCUCUCCUGCCUGUAUUCUGAUCAUCCCUCUGGACCCAGCCUCUCAUCCUAGGCUAGUAGGAAGACCAAGAAGAAGGAAGGUGGUGCUCUUCGUGCUCAGAGGGCCUCAUCCAAUGUCUUUUCCAACUUUGAACAGACACAGAUUCAGGAAUUUAAAGAAGCAUUCACACUCAUGGAUCAGAAUAGGGAUGGAUUUAUCGACAAGGAGGACUUGAAAGAUACCUACGCCUCCCUAGGCAAGACUAAUGUUAAAGAUGAUGAGCUGGAUUCUAUGCUGAAGGAGGCCUCAGGCCCCAUCAACUUCACAAUGUUCCUGAACCUGUUUGGAGAGAAGCUGAAUGGGACAGAUGCAGAGGAGACGAUACUGAAUGCCUUUAAGAUGCUGGACCCAGAUGCCAAAGGGAGCAUCAACAAGGAUUAUAUAAAGCGGCUGCUGAUGUCCCAGGCUGACAAGAUGACUGCAGAAGAGGUUGACCAAAUGUUCCAGUUUGCUUCCAUUGAUGCAGCUGGAAACCUGGACUAUAAAGCUUUGAGUUACGUCAUCACCCAUGGGGAGGAGAAAGAAGAAUAGCAAGACUUGGGCCUGGGAAUAAACA